AUGGUCUGGUUCGACAACCGCUCUAACGUCUCCUCCAACUCCAACUCCCGCUCCCACCGUCGCCGCUCUCCCUCGCACCGUUCCCACUCCCGCUCCAACUCCAACUCCAACUAUAACUACAAACAACCAGCCCACAGCAUGCCCUCAAACUAUAACAACUAUAACUAUGGCUCGGACUCCAAUGUGAAUGGCUCCAGCGCCGCCCCCGGCCGCAAAAGCCCCUCCACCUCUGUCUACUCCGGCACCACAGCCACGUCCUCUUCUACCCGCCGCCGCGCGAAGCCGCGAAAGGGCUUUGUCAAGCGUGUUGUUCGCACGGUUCGGCAGGUCCUUCAGGACAUCCAUGAUUAUGCGCGGGAGUUCCCCUACCGGACAUUCUUUAUGGUCAUUGUGCCGUUGAUUGCGACAGGGGUGUUGCAGAAGUUGUUGGGAUUUAUUGGGGUUAAGUUGCCCAAGAGGAUCUUUGGGAGGUUGGCGAAGCCGCCUUCAUUUGAUGGGCUGAAGGCGCAUGUUAUUGCGUUGAUUCGGGUUGCCAAGUGGGCUGUUAAGUCUUGA